AUGUCUGUUUCGGAACCUGCGGAUUCCGGUGGUAUAGUUACCUCAUUGAGCCAGGAUCUGCAGGGGUUUGAAGAUAUGAGCACCGUAGGAGCCUGGGCUAAAAUGAUGGAAGAAGAUGUCAGUUGCAGUCAAAUGAACAGUACUAUUGACGAAGAAGAGGAACCGGAACGUUCAGUUGAAACCGAAGGGAAAAAACUUCCUGAUAGGCCUCCAUUCUCUGUUCAAGUAACUAAUGUUGCUUCUUCUUGUGAUGAAAUGGAUGUGUAUUUCGAGUUCGGAGGGGAGAAGAGAAUCAAGUGUAUCAAUGUUAAUCCUGCUGCCGGUAAGGCUGACAUUGAGUUUUUCGAUAGGGAAGGUCUUCUUCACGCCAUUCAGAAGAAUGGAACAGAAUUGUGCAAUAAGAAAUUGAAAGUUUACGUGAUUGAUCAUUCGAGAGAAAGAAGGCCGGCUCAGAUUGACCGUUCCGAUCGGACAAGUUCAGCGCGUGAUUCGCGAGAUAGUUAUGGCGGAAGAUCAAGCAGGGAUCAACGUGAUUAUAGAGAACAAUUUCAUCGGGGUAGUCAUCAUGGCAGUCAAAACUCCAUUUACAGUGAUGACCCAAGAUCAUACAAUAAUCAGAGGAACAAUUACGCAACUUUACCUCGACAUUCAACUGGUGGAAGAGGUGGUAGGCAUCAUGAUGAUCGAUAUGGACAAAGCUUCCGGGGGGGACCAAACUACAACGCUAGGGGCGGCUAUCAAAACCGUGGUGGUGGCGGCGGUGGUGGAUACAGACAUUCUAUGGAUCGUCCAAGACAGUCUACCAAUGAAUACAAACGUAGUGAUAGUGGUUACGAGUAUGAGAAGCCUGCUCCAAUUAAUCGAUCGCGAACUGAGUCAACAACUUCGGAACAAGCAGAACGUCGACGCUUAGAACUUACAUCUAGGAAUUCUUCGCGGUUGAGCAUAAACACGUUUGAAGAUGAACGACCUCAACCUGUUAAAAAGCCAAGUUCUCGCGACAUAUUUGGAGAUGCCAAGCCAGUCGAUACCGCCGACAAAAUACGAGAAAUUGAAGAAAAACAAGAGAGAGAAAAGAAGAUUGCCGCAGAGCGAGAAAGAGAACGGGUUGCUCGCGAAAAAGAAAGAGAGAGAGAAGUUGUUCAUCCAAGUUCAUCUCAACAGCAGCAGCAGCAAAAUCAUUUUGUCCCUCCAGCUCCAGGUUUUGAUCCAAGUAAACCUCCUCCACAUAAUCACGGGUAUAUGCGGGGUCCAAAAAUACCUCAACAGGUACACCAAGUACCAAUCGUCAACCAACCUCCUAGGUUUGACGGUUCCGUAGGAUCAGUUGCAAUUAUGAAACGGGAUGAUAGGCAAAAAGAAAAAGUUAAUGAACUCGAAACUAAAGAUCAUAACGAGAAUCAUAAUAACCUUGAACCUCGAAAUUCGAGUGAGAAUUUAGUGAAAAAGGAGGAGCGCGUAGCGUCAUCAGCUUCAAGCUCUAAUGAAAACCAGGGAGCAGCCAAGAAGAGUACACAUGUUAGGACAUUCACUCGAACUCUACAAAAGAGUGCCACGUCUGAUCAAAUCAACGAGAACAGAUCUUACCGUGGCGGUAGAGGUGGAGGACGUGGUCGAGGUGGACAUCAAGGUCGUGGCAGCAUUCCCUCGGAUAGAAGAAGCAGUUACUCAAGUCAACAAGAUGUUUCUCGUGAUAAGAUAGAAGUGAACGCGCCUGUACAUAAACCAGAGAAGAAGGAACAUCAUAGCUCGCAAGUUUCGCUAAGAAGUAAUCGGGGAAAUCAUAAACGCCAUGAUCGGGAAGGCAGAGGAGGUUAUUAUGGAAAGGAUAGGCAACACAAAGAAGAAGGAAAACCACCAAGAGAUGACACACGGCAAGGCAAGGAUCAUAACAAGUCCAAGUCUGACGUGCCUAAGGAUGUGAAGAGUGAAGAGCAGAAACCUCAAAACGCUACUCAACACGUGCAAGAAUCGAAAGAACGACCACACAAGGAAAGCCAGAAACCACCCGCAGUUCCUGUAGCUGUUCUGGAUUUAUCGGCUUCGAAUGAAGACAGUAAUAAUAAGAAGAAAGACAAAAAGAAAGUGAAGAAGGAGUCAGCAAAGGUUGGGAAGAGUUUGAAAGGCAACAAGUUCGCUGCUUUAGCCAACGUGGAUGAUUGA